GGGAGGAAUUGAGAAGAUAAUGUAACGAGAAUUUUAUGUGAAUGGGAUUAAACAAUACAUUUCAGCGUCACUGAGCAGUGUAGACUUGAAUUAUUUAUGAUUCGACGAUAAAAAAUCUCAAGCUUUGUUUGGAAGCUUUCGUUAGUUUCUUUUGAGAGUAGUGAUUCAUCCAAAUACGGAUAAAUAUGAUUGUAAGUAAACUAUUUGGCAGUACACCGUUGUAUCGUUGCUAUUUAAACACAUAAUAUCUUGUCUAAAAACUGGUUGCGAAGCGCACGUGUACUAAGGUUCUGCUAUGAUUGCUCGCAUAACGUUUUAUCCAUCAUUGUUUUACAAUGUAAUGAUGGAAAAGGCAUCCUUAAGGAAUUGGUACGAUCGCAUUGAUGAUAAUGUAAUUUUGGGUGCCUUACCCUUCCGUUCUGAGGCAAAGGAAUUGAUCGCUAAGGAAAAUGUGAAAGCAGUUGUGUCCAUGAAUGAAGACUACGAACUGGCUAUGUUCUCCAAUGACACGGAGAAAUGGAAAUUGCAUGGAAUUAGUUUUCUACAGCUACCGACUACAGAUAUUUUUGAAGCACCGAAUCAAGAUAAACUUUUUGAUGGAGUACAAUUUAUAAACAAAUUUCUACCUGAAGAGAAACGCAUAAGGAGUUUGAGUGCGGCUUCCGAGCCUGAGAAUAAUGGGACUGUAUAUGUUCACUGUAAAGCUGGGCGCACGCGUAGCGCUACUCUUGUUGGAUGCUACUUAAUGAUGAAAAACGGCUGGUCACCAGAACAAGCAGUGGACUUUAUGCGCGCUCGCCGCCCUCAUAUUUUAUUGCAUUCAAAGCAAUGGGAAGCUCUAAGAAUAUUCCACAAGAAAAAUGUCGCAAGUACGUGACCCCUUAAACAUGUAUCGGAAAGCACAAAAACGUUUUGUAUUCUGUAUUAUACAUUGUUAUUCAAAUGUUUUAACUUUACGUAAUAAAGUAGACAACGUCAGUUGUUAUAUUUAUGCUAAUGUAUACAAAACGACGUUUAACAUUUCGUUAUUGUUGUUACAUACUUAUAAACCUUACGGGAAGCAUAAAUUUAAUAAAAUUAGUGACUGCAGUGAUA